AUGGUGAACCAUCAUCAUGGCAGUACCAUCAACCAUUUAAUAGUACCUUCCGUGAGCGUCAAGAAAUGCAAUUGGCUGAUUUUAGCAUGUCUCGUCACGUUCUCAAUCUUGCUCACCACUCUCAUGAUGAUUUAUUUUAAAAAACGAAAUAUAUAUUUACAUUCAUCUCACAACGAUUGCACCACACCUUUGACAACAACAAUUAAUUUAAUCAAUCGAUACACUCCUCCGAAAGUUCCCAAUGAAUUUCAAAAUUUUAUAUUCAGCCACGAUCGUCAUUCAAAAAGUAAUGAAAACAUUGUGAUUCCUUCGUCACAAAAGAUUGAACAUUAUAAUACUCGAAUGAACAAUCCUUCACUCUUUUCGAGUCAUUACAAUUGUAUCAAACAAUUACCGGAUCAUGUCAAUCGUACAAGUUUAAAUAAUCGAUAUUCAUUGAAUUGGAAAUCACUCUAUACUUCAUGUGUAUUGGAAAAUGUGUGUUUAAAUAGAAGAGGAGAAUGGAUAUUAUAUUUACAUCAUGAACAUGAAAGAGAAAAAUUCAAUGAGCAAAUUCUUGUACUUACGAGCUCUCUGAGAUUAAUCAUGCAUGAGUCGAUCAAGUUUAAAAUUCACACCAAAUUACCUCCACACAAAGCUUCGACGCCAUCCCAUCAAUAUGCUUCAGAAAAAGAUGACACGUCAAUUUUUAAAAUGUCAAAACAAUUUAGUUGGAUUCAAACACCAACAUUUGCAUUCUCACGAUAUGCUACCUCUAAUGUGGGUCAUUUGAUUAUGGAUAAUUUAUUUUCAGUGUUUAAUUUGAUGGCCAAUUUCGAAUAUGUGAACUCGAAUCAUUUUUUACUGUUUUUAGAUGAUCCAUUUAACAAAGAGACUGGGUCAUUACCGAGAGCAGGUCAUUCACCAGAGAGAGCAGAGGAAGUAUCAUUGCAAUGGGCAAAAUUCUUCUCUUCCCAAAAACCACUUCAAUUAUGUUUUGAUCGCUUCACAAAUUCCUAUUAUAUUCAUUAUGCUCCAUGUCGGCAAGAUAAUGUGGAAAAAUCAAUUAAGGAACAGUUGCCACGAGAAGAAGGAGAUGAAAUACAAACAUGCUUCUCAAGUCUAUUCAUUGGAUCCGUAGAAUCGCAUUAUUUUGAUUUUUAUGGCAGAGAAACGAUAUUUCCCUUAUUUAGAAAUUAUUUAUUGAAUCAAGUUGGAUUGUUAGAGCCAAAGAAAUACAGCCACGAAAAUCAUCACGCAGUGCGUCGUCAUACUCUAAAAAUUGCCAUUCAGAAAAAGCCAAUUUCUUCCAAACACAAAGAUUCCAUUAUUAACACGUUUGAAAUUGCACAACAUUUCAACGAAAAGAAGAAUGAAAUAUUGACUCGUUUGAAUACCAUCUAUGGAAAUGAUAUCGACUCUUCUCAUCGAGGCGUUGCUGCAAAGAAAUUUCAUUCCAUAGAAAUUAUCGAAUUGAAAUUAGAAGAAUUGAAUGCCAUGGAACAAUUACAUUUCUUCAAAGAAUUAGAUGUGUACAUUACUACUCAAGGAUCUGCUUCAUACAUGUCCAUGUUCAUGCUCAAUCCAACCUCUCUUCUCUUCUUCUCACCUCUGUGUCGAUCUGAAACUUUCCAAUGUAGUGAUUACAACAUUAGAAUUCACAAAACAUUUUCCAACGUUCGAACCAUUUCAUUGAACGAUCAUUUGGACAUGAUUGAAUGUGUCAAAGAGAAUAUUCCCAACGGAAUAGGAUACAAGGUUCAAAAAGUGGAACCACCUGGAACUGUUUAUUAUUAUGGAGAUUGUCAUUUGAGAUUGAAUGUUGAAAAGUUUUAUGCAUUGGUGUUGGAAGAAUUGGAAAAUAUUCACACAAGUUCUCGUCAUUGGACCUAA